AUGGUGAAUGCAAUAACAGAUGUUAAUAAUAUCACCGUGCACGACGUACAUCAGAACAAGGCUAAUAUAUCUGAAGAGUCAGAAGCUGCUGACGAGGCCGUGGAAAUCAUAACCCACAUGGGGAUGAAGUACAUCCGAAAGAACUUCCUCAUAAUGCCGUACCAUUCCUCCCCAUACAAAGGGAACGUGACAACCUCGUCAUCAUCUGGAGAUAACGCAAUAAAUUCUGACAAUUUCACCGCCGAAUUCAAUAGCGUAACUUCUACUGAGUCUUCUCUUCUGAACGAAAGGGUCCCAAUCUACCAGGAAAUCGCAAGCUCAUUGCAUAUCGACUCCAGUAUCGACGAUACGGUGGAUGUGGAUGCUGUUUCAUCUGCUAUCGUUGAGGACACAGACGAAAAAUUCCUGCCGAUACCAAACUCGUCUGUUGCAAAUUUGGUGGAUUUCUCGGUCGUUGGCCCAUCCGUUGUUAUGCCUCCACAAGAAGUCGAAACUUCAGUUUCUGAGACUACAAAGAAAAAGAUUCCACAAGUAGACUUCUCCGGACAUCAAAGUCACCACCACAGUUUCGUCCUCAAGCAGAAAGCGGAGUUGAUGUCAGCGCUGAUGGAUAAGUCAGCGGAUCCUUGUCAGGACUUCUACCAGUACGCGUGUGGUGGCUGGGCUGACAGGUUCACUCUACGUCCUGACCAGGCUGUGGACAACACGUUCGAGCGGCUGAGGGACGACCUGGACUCGGUGCUGGUAUCACUGCUGGAGGAGACCAGCCUGCCCUCGGAGCCCUCGUACGUUACCCUCGCCAAGACCCUCUACAAGGGCUGCAUGAAUACAGCUGCGAUCGAGGCAGCUGGGACCCAGCCGUUGCUGGGCCUGCUGAACGAGCUGGGCGGCUGGCCCGUCUUGCUGGGCCCCGUCUGGACGGGUCAGAAUUUCGACGUCAGUUCAACGAUGGCGAAAUUACGUCAACUGAACAACGAAGUCCUGCUGGCUGAGAACGUCGCUGAUGACGUCACCAACAGCAGUCGCAGGAUAGUGCAGCUGGACCAGCCGAAGCUAGGCCUACCAGGCCGCAACUACUACCUGAACCCUCACGACGCCAAGUAUCGCAACGCCUACCUGACCCUCAUGACCAGCACGGCUACCCUCCUGGGGGCGGCGCCCCUCACUGCCCUCGCUGACAUGGCAGACGUCCUCUUCUUUGAGACCCAGCUGGCCCAGGUGCUGGUGCCGGCGGAGGAGCGGCGCAACCUGACAGCCAUACACCGGCGCUACACGCGGCAGCAGCUACAGCACGAGUUCCCCGCGAUCGCGUGGGACGUAUACCUGGACACCGUGGCGCCGCACCACCGCAACCACACGCGCGACCUGCGCGUCUUCUGCGCCACCUACCUGCGCGGCCUCAAUGACCUGCUCAAUACCACCGCACCUAGGACGGUCAGUAAUUACCUGCUGUGGCGUCUCGUCAAGAACAGACUUGGGAACCUGGGCGCAGCUGCCCUCGCCAUCAAGCAGGAGUACGUCAGGGUGCUGUACGGCCGCACCUCUCAGCCCUCCAGAUGGAGGUCGUGUAUCUCGUACGUGAACGGCAACCUCGGGGGGGUCGUGGGGAGCUUGUUUGUCCGGCGCUAUUUUCCUGAGGACAGCCGACGUGACACCGAGGAGAUGAUCAGUCUCAUCCGACAAGCGUUCAGCGCGAGUGUGGCCGACGCUGAAUGGAUGAUGCCAGAGACGAGGCAUACAGCCAUGCAGAAGGUGAAUUCGAUCGUAUGGAAUAUCGGGUACCCAGAGGAGCUUCUGAACGAUACAUACAUGAUGGAAAAGUUCGGCAUGCUGGAGUUCUCUGAGGACGCGCAUUUCAGCAACGUGCUGCGCAUGCUGCGCUUCCACUGGCAACUCGCGCACGCGCAGCUCGGCGAGCCUGUCAACAGGACGGCCUGGGCCGCCGCGCCGGCAACUGUCAACGCCUACUACAGUCGCACUAAGAACAUGAUCAUGUUCCCCGCGGGCAUCCUACAGCCCCCGUUCUACCACCCCGCGUACCCCCGCGCCCUGAACUACGGGGGUGUGGGGGUGGUGAUCGGGCACGAGAUCAGCCACGGGUUCGAUGACGGCGGCCGGCAGUUCGACGAGGCGGGCAACCUGCAGCAGUGGUGGACCAAGCGCGACGUGCUGGCCUUCUAUGCGCGCGCCACCUGCAUGCUGGAGCAAUACGGGCUGUUCGAAGUGCCGGAGUUGGCCAUGCAAGUUAACGCUAUAACAACGCUCGGGGAGAACAUUGCCGACAACGCUGGACUGAAUAUUGCCUAUACGGCCUACCAGAAAUGGCUGACACAGCACCAGGACGCCGCCUUGCCAGGCCUCACAAACCUCACACUAGACCAGCUCUUCUUCCUCAACUUCGGCCAGAUCUGGUGUGAGGUGAACACUCCUGAGGCAGCCCUCACAAACCUGAGGACUGGCAGACAUUCCCCUAACAGGUUCAGGGUUGUCGGGACACUGUCGAAUUCCGAGGCCUUCAGUCGCGCUUUCCAGUGUCCAAAAGGAUCCGUGAUGAACCCUGUGAACAAGUGUUCAGUGUGGUGA